UUCGCCCACGGUUGUCCACGGUUGCUCGAUUGUUUUCUGUUUUAGUGUUAGAGUCUUAUUGUUUGUUUUCCUUUUUCUUUCUUUUUUAUUCACUUUUAGUUUAAAUCCGAGCAGAUGUCUUAUUCAUCGUUGUCUGCUAAAGGCGAAAAUAAUUAAUUAAUUGAGAUAAAUAUUUGCCUGCUUUCCUACGAUUCGUGAUGAAAAACGCUUGUGAAGAAAAGGAUAAAGAUUCAGGAGAAUGUUCGGAACGUUUUAGCGAUCAAGGUGGACUGUUUGACUUUUCGGUCCGAAGGAUGUUGCAAACAGGGCACGAAGGUGAAUUGUGCAAUUUUUUGAAAGAGACGAGUUUGAUCCGUACUGUUUCCAAUUGCCCUCAUUUCGACUGUAAAGGACGUAGUCUGAUGUGGAGCCCCGCGAGAAUCGUCGACAAGUACAUUUGGUCUUGUCCCGACUGUAUGAGGAAACAAUCUAUAAGGGAUAAAUCCUUCUUCCUUGGUAUAAAAUGCGAUCUGAAAAUGUGCCUUCAACUGAUCCUAGGAUGGUGUCAGAGAGUUCCUAGUGAAAUUAUUGCCUCUUACUUAGGUAUCAAGAAACACGUAGUUCGAAAGACGUACGAACGGUGCGACGAGGUUUCUGCGAUCUACAUCAGGAAGCAUCCAGAGGAUUGGCUGUUGGGCGGUGAGGACGCGGUAUUGGUCGUCGAUGAAUUUCCUGGUGGUUAUAUGACGGAACGUCAACCGGAUGUAAACUCUGCGAAAAAGCGCAAUAAUAAUUCGCACACGAUAAUAUGUAUAGUCGAAGCGAAUUCUAUACCACCUCGCGUAUGGUUGCACAUGAUUCAAGCUAUACAGGAGCCGCAGAAGAUUGACAAGCUGCACACGGGAGCUGCACACGACAAGUCCAAUAUGGUGAAGGAAGCUGUAAUGGAAAUUGCGAGGCACGCGAUGAAAGGAAGUUUCAUAGUUGCCAACGAACGUGUUUCCUGCUGCAGUUACGAGACGUUGCUGCGUUUAAAGCAAUACAAAAUUAUCAGCGUCGAACAGCUACAAAAAUUCGAUCCUCCUGGGAAAAAUAAACUUUUCGACAAUCUCGAAACAAUAUGGCAAAGCGCCGUCGAAGUCUGCGAAGAGGUUCAAGAAGCUACGCACACCUCGGGCCAACAUAUCAUUGGGAGACAUUUAUGGAGACAGAAAUAUGGUACAUCUCCGUCCACGGCAUAUCAGUCUAUUCUUAAUCACAUUGCGGAGUGUUAUCGAUUUUCUUAAUGUUUCCGACGUUUCAUGUUUUUUUACGAGUAUUGCAUUUGCGGAGCGGAUAUUACUCGAGAUCGAGAGGAAGAGCAGCUUGGAUGUCGUAAAUGAUGAUAUGAUGCAUCGCUGCAAACUGCCUUAUUAGAUUACCAAGAUAUUUGUUAUAUGCAUAUACAUAUAUAGCACAUUUAUUUUUUAUAUACGGAUAGGUAAUAAUUCGUAAACGAUUGCAAUCAAUAAUACUAAUGUUACAAAGUCUUCCAAGUAUUAAGAUAUGGUUCGUACUCGUAUAAAUACGAAUGUAACUGUUGAUAAAUUAUGAUACCUACGCGAAGGUAGAUUUGAAUGUGUUGAGAGUAAACGAGUGCGGCGAUACAUCGUUUAAUCUAGUGUCUUCGCUUGUACGUUACUAUUGACAAACGGUCCAACUGGUUGAAAGACUGAGAUUCAAAUCCUAUCAAGGCCAAUUAUAUAGCAAUAUUAGGGUAGAUAUGAAAUUAUAUACGGCGUAUUGACUUAUAUUUUACCAGAUGUAAAAUGUUUUAAUUUUCAAUGACGAUGCUCGUCUUUUCAUAUGUUUCCUUUUCUCUGUCAAGCAUUCAGGUGUGCACAAAAUUGACUUUUAUUUCAUACAUAACUUUGUAUUAAUUAUUGUAGUACAGCUUUUCACAUGUUAUAUUGUUUUCAAUAUCUGUUCACAAAUAUAGCAUACAAGUUUUUCAGCC